AUGUCUGAAACUAAGCCGUUAGAGAAGAAGAAUAAGAAGACUGGUAACCGUUACUUUCGUCGUGGGAAGAAAGGAUCAGGUAAGAAUAAAGAUGGAAUAGAAGGUAAAACUGGUGCUAGUAAACCAGGUAAAGAUGGGUCCAAUGGUGGUACUGUAGCUAGUAACAAUCCGAUGGCUAACAAGGACAAGGUGAAUAAUAAGUCUGAUAAAUCAAAGAGAAGAAGAAGAAGGAACAAAAAGAAGAACGUUGGUAAAAAUGGCGAUGAAGAGAUUAGUGGCCAUAAACUUGUGUUAAGACUAUUGCCUCCAAAUCUAACCGAAGAGAAGUUUUGGGAGAUUGUUACUCCAGCUUUGGAUAAAUUAGAAAACUAUGAAAUUGAGAGUUCUUAUUUUGUACAAGGUGAGUAUACAAAUAAGCCCUUCCAAGAUCCAAGUUAUUCACGUUGUUAUAUAAUCUUUAAAAAAUUUGAUAAACUAAAAGAAGCUGCUCAGAAAUUAGCUACUGUGAAUUUCAUGGAUGAUAAGAUCGAUUCAGCUAUCGCUAGAAUUAGGAUUUCUCCAUACAACAAAAGCAUUAGUGUCAUUCCACCAAACCGUCCUAGUAGAAGAAGUAUUGAAGGCACUGUUGAAAGUGAUUCCUUAUUUAAAACUUUUAUUCAAUCAUUACAGAUAAUGGAGGAAGAGAAAAACCAUUAUGAAUAUUCAGAAGUUAGUUUAUUCAAGUCAUUGAAAAAAGAAUUGAGUAAACGAAAUGAAUUGGCAAAUGUAAUGAAUAAGAGGAGAGAACAGGCAUUAAUUGAGCUUGCAGGAGCAGAUAAUAAAAAAGAUGGUUCAAAAAAGAAGAAGAAGAAAAAGAAGAAUAAGAAGAAGAAAUCUGAGAAAAUAAAAGAAUCUGAAGACACUAAUGUCAAUAAAGGUCCUUCAAAUGUAAAAAAUAAGAAGAUUAGAAAGAACAAGCAAAAGGGAUCUAAUUCUCAAAAGGAAAACCAUAAUAAUUCGAUUGAAAAAAAUAAUAACAUAGUAAUAUUAGAGGCAGCUGGUAAGAAAGAACUACAAAGACGAAAAAAAUUACAAAAAAAGAAUGAAAUGGAAUUAUCUUUAAACAAAUUAGCUUCAUUACCAUCUAAAAAUGUUGAAGCUUCUUCUGAAACAAAUAAGCAACCAUCAAAAAUGAAAAUACUUAAGAGACCUGAAAAUUGA